UCGUGACUGCCGUUCAGUAAGCUUCGUAGUGCGCCAAGUAUUAGUUGAUAAGCUGUCAGCGCGAUCAGUAACAUUCAAUUUCCAAUUGUCUUAAGACAAAAAAAUAUAUACUUAAAUAAAAAUUAAUCUUCAAAAGCGAUUGAAUAGCAAAAGGUGUUGCAAGCAUCUGCAUGUGUGAAAAUUAGUUAUUAGUGAAAUUUGGGAAAAAGGCAGCACUGAAACGAGAAAUGAGGCAGCAGACAGUUGUAAUAGUUUUGAUGAGUUUGCUAAGUGCAGAGCAUCUCACAUCAGCGCACACGAUACUUGCACCGCGCAGCGCUGAAAAUGUGGAAUCCUUCACUACAGAGAGACCCCUUGAAAGCUCCGAGGAAAACAGUUUUUUCAUCAGCAACGCCACGCGUACACAAUUCGAACGCGAAGCAUUGAAUGAAACCAAAAUCUUUCUCAACAAUCUUUUUCGUUCGCAAAUUGAUUAUUUCACCAAGGUCAAGAAGAUUUUGCCGGCCUCAGCGAAGCGUGUUGGCGACAUUGAAACAUAUAUUGAGCGAUUGGAGAAAGCAAUAUUGGCGGAAUCGGUGCAAGAGAAGGAUAAAAUGUGGCGUGAUACGUUUAUAGAGUUCAGUGACAGCGCCCUCCUGCUGAAUAUUGAAAAGGAUACUGGUGUGUCAAAUUGCCGCUACCUGCAAAUUUUGAACGAAAGUGGCCUGGAGGAGACAACUAAGAAAUUUUUAAUCGACGUGACAAUAUAUUUUUGGAAAAUGACCAAGGCGAGUGGAAAAGCUGUCGAGUCGACAAUCGAUGAAAAACUUGAGAAAUUGAGGAAUGGCUUGGAAAUAAAUAAAAUUUAAAUAAAAAAAAAUA